CACUCGCUCAGCUGUAGGUGGCGUUAGGUGUCACCCGCGGCCUCGCCACCAAAACAUCGAGUUUUCAUGAAUUUUCCGGCGCGAUUUCACAUGUCCAGAUGGCAUUUAACAAUGAUGUAUUAUGGCCCAAAGUCGUCCUGUCACAAAGGUUAAGGAGUCAGUGAAACUGAAAAGUAUCUCUUUUAUGAAUAAAGACGACAGUGGUUGUGACACCUGCCCAGAGGAGAGCUUGCCUGACAUCUCCCCACAGGACACAGACAGUGAGAGCCAGAGCUCAGACGCCAGCAAGCAGAGAGCUGCAGACAAGUGCCGGGGCACCUCGUCGAUCAAUCUCAGAUCGACUAACAGGAGCAAAGCUGACAGCCAGCUUCUACCUGAUGUCGGAAGAACGGGGACAUCUCCCACCACACAUUCCAACAUGAAAACUAAACAAGCUAAAGAAGAACUAGAUAAGAGUAUUGAUGAGGACACCGUGAUAGAACCCAAGACCAGAGCCCGCAAGAAGGCCUCCGAUAUUGUUGAUGAUGACAAGAAGUCCACCGCAGACGAGCCCAAGACAUCCAAAGAAGCCAAGAAGCCUAUAGCUAAACCAAAAGCUAUAGUUAAGAAAAGACCUUUGGGUAUUAGGAAAACUUUAAGAAGCAAAAAAGCUAUUGUUAUUAAAGAAAAAGUUAAGAAUGUUAUAAAGCAAGCUGUCAAGAGAGGGAGGAAGCCUGGAUUAAAAAUUAAAACUGAAGAGUCCCAAGACAAAGAAACCGUCCCAUUAAUACCUGCCUCUGAGAUAAAGACAGAGCCAGUUGAGGAAACAUCACCUAACUCUAGAUCCUCCAGCCCCAAGACCGCAGGUAGGAGACAGAGACUCAGUUCUGAUUUAGCCAUGAUGAAGACAAUGCUUGGAGACUCACCAGGCAGCCUGGUGAUUGGUUCACGCACCAGCCCCUACUCCAUGCGCUCUGAGAGAAGCAAUAGUCCUUCUUUAUUUGAAGGGAAAAAUCUUCGCAGUGGCAAACCUAGGAAAGUCAAAAACAACUUGCUGAGUGAAGUUGUGCUUAAGGAACAAAAGAAGAGGCGCAGACUUCAUUCAGAUUCUAAGGCUUCAGACACAGCUGACACUCCUGAAGACUGUAAGAAGUUGAAGAGAGGACGCUCUUGCUCUCGAGAUGGCAGUGAGAUAUCCAAGUGCUCAGAUAUCACCGAGUCGGACUUGAGCAUGAGUGAGACUCUCAACGACACAGACAGCAAGGAGCUCAACAAAAAACUAGAUAAAUCUAAGACUGACCUAGAUAUAGAUAUUGAAAAUAAUGUACAGAUCUCGACUAUUGAAAAAGUGCCUUCUCUAAAUGUUGACUCCAAACUAGCUGAAACCAAACUGGAAGCGGAGCCUAGCUGUAUCAUAAAUGCAAAAGAUAAAAAGAAAAUGAGCUUACAAAGAAGUACUUCAUUAGACUCUGACAACAAUAAUAGUAAUAGGAUAAAAUUAGAGGAUUUAAAUUCAGCAGAAAUAGAAGAGAAAAUAUUAAUGAAGACUGAAAACGAUACGCUUUUUGAUGCUCGUAGUAGUAUAUUGACUAGUAUGUCCAAGACAUUCAACUCUAAGGAGGUGUCGAAGAACAUAAGGAAGGCUCGGCGGGGCCGCAAGGUGGCGGCCGCCUCGCGCGCCGCGCCCCCCGCCAGCGCCGCGCCCAAGGCCGGUAGCGCCAGCAGCAGCGCGCCCGAGCCUGCCGAGCCCGCCGACGACAAGGUCGAGACCAUCGACACCCUCACCAAAGAGAUCAACGAUCUCAUCAACAACCUCGAUCAGAACAUUGACGGCGACCAUGAGAUGGUCGCUGAGUCCAACACUUCUACUUCUACUACUACUGAUAGCACCCCUGACCAAUUGCAGACAAAGACUGCCUCUAAAUUCUAUGGCCUAGCCAAACCUUUGAACAAUGUAGACAAUGUAGUCCCUACUCCAGAAACGCCUGUAAAAGACAAAGAUACUAUAUCUCCUGUUAGCAAUGAGAACACGCCGUCGAAGAAUGACGACGGUGAGAACAUUAGGCUUCAUUAUGAGGAAGAUUCGGCGGAGAAACCAGUAAAGGGUGCGAAGCUCGAUAUACCUUUCAAAUGUAGUCCUGUUGCCAGUAUUGAUAAGCUCAUGGACAGACUUAAAGAAUUCGAAGAAUUUGAUAAGAGAAGACAAAUGGAGUCCAAAGCCAUUGAUGGCAACAAACCAAUGAUGGUUACUAAUGACGUGGUUUUAAUACCCAAGUCUGGUGACAUCAAGCCAUUGAAGGACAUUCAAUCGGUACGAUCGCCAGAAAAGCCAUUUGAAAAAGAGAAUGUUUUGAGUUGCUUUGAGAACAACUCUGCUAUUUCAAUAGUCAAGAGAGAUCAAGUGAGGAAGUCCACCGACGUUGAGUUGCCUAACUCAGUCACUCUAAUUAAAAGGAAUAGUUUUAGCUCAAGGAAAGAGUCUACAAGCUCUAACCACUCAAGAGAGUCUGAUGCUAUCAGCAUAUUUGAGAAGUCUCUUGGGAAAGAUGUUACUCUGACGGAAAUACGGAAGUCCGUGGAUAAAUCUGCACCUGUGUCAUCCACUCAGGUCGACCUCCACCAGUUCGCGACACUCCACCCCAACACGUCGAGCUCAAAUCCUAACCUGGGAGGCCACGUGCUGGACUCUAGUCAGAUAUCGAUCACGCCUCGCGUAGUCGACUCUAAGAUUAACAAUGACGUUCAGAUUAUCUCUAAGAGAAAGUCUAGGGAAUCCAUGUCGAGGAAAUCUUCAGAAUCGACUAUUGACACUGAUGACAAGAUGGCUACGAUUGAGAAGAUCAAAUCGCCGUCACACCAGAAUCUAUCUCCGGCUGUGUCCAUCACUCCAACACCGGUCGCUAUCAAGUCGCCUGAAGCGGUGCCUAUGGAAACUGAAGCACUGCCUCCACCAUUAGAGACUAUAAAAGUUUUGGACGAGAUUUCAGCUUCUGAGUCUGUUACAGUGGAAAGCUCUAAAGUCGCCGAUGUCCCUAAGGAGGAGCCAAAACUUGAAACACCUGUUGAGGAGGCGGCAACGACGGCCACAAUUGUUGACAUCGAAACAAAAUCAGAAGUUGCCCAAACUCCAGAAGUAUUGCCAGAAGUAACUAAAGAAGAUGUUGAUGAAAAGACUGAGACAAUUGAACCUAAACCUGAGGAGGUUCAGCCUACAGAAACUGCUGAAGCGAAGCCUGCCGAAAGUAAACCUGCGGAACCCGAAACAAAGCCUUCUAAGGGUGCUAAAAGUAAAUCGGCGCGCAACUCAACCGAGUGCCAGGCUGGACCCAGCAACGUGUUAAACGAGACUCCUGAGAGUCAGAAACGUAAAGAAAAUGUUCUCAGAACGCUUGGCUUGCUCACUCAUAAAGCUGCAAAGGAAGCCAAGAUUGAAAAACUAAAAGAGAAAGAGAGGAUAUACAGUGGCAUGAUGUCUAACAAGAGCAAGAAUGCGAAGUCUCAGGGCGAUUACACUGGGACUUUGAAGACUGUGAUAAAGUUGAACAGGGGGGCAGGGGAUAAGAAGAAGCACAGGAGCUCGUUGAAGAUGACGUUCCAGAAGAGCAAGUACCGGUCCGGCAAGCCGGCGCCGGAGGUCGGGGAGGCGGCCAACGAGGAUGACGCCUACUACACCAUUGAGAGGCGCGAGGGCGCGGCCGGCGCGGGUUCUGACGGUGGGCACAGAAAGACUCAUUACAGUAAUCGUCUUAACAAUCAUGACCCAGAAGCCGCUCCUGAACCAGCGGAACCCAAGGAGACAUUGAACCUGGUGAUCCCGGAGAAGGCGUCAUCCUUCAGCAUUCACCCGGGCCGGCUGUGCAUGGACCAGUGCUUCUACUGUGGCGGCAAGUUCGGCCUGUUCGAUACGCCCUGUCAUAUCGCGCAGAUCAAGAGCUCGGAGCGACAGAAGAAGGUUUUAGACAAUGAAGAGAAGUUGACGAUAGACAGUUGCCUGUGUGACGCCUGCUACCGGCACGUGGACCGCCGCGCCAACUGCCCCUCCUACAGGAAGCGACCCUUCAACAAGCAGCCGCUCGACAUUCCUAUCACUUCGCUGCACAAUAGUAACCAAUCAGAGAAGGCCUCAAGCCCUCCGAUGGAAGAGGACAGUGAGGAGGAGUCUAACACAGUGAGCACGUCAGUAGCGGGCGCGGGGUCCGCGCGCGUGGCUCUGUGUCACACCGAGGGCUGCGCGAGGCCGGCUGACCACUCCAUACGCAGGAAGUGGCUCAUCAAGAUGAGGAGCAGCGUCAACAAACUGCUGAAGCUGAAGUGCGACUACCCGGGCCUGCACACGCUGCCGCUGUGCGGGCCGCACUACGCCGCGCUGGCGCCGCUGCUGGCCUGCGCGCUGUGUCGCCGCAGGAUCACCAAGCAUCACAACGUGCACUUCAUACACCAGGGCUACCUGGAACUAAACCCGCAUCUGAAGUCGGCGGGCGUGCCAGUACAGUUCACGGAGCGGCCUGUAUUAUGCAAGACUUGCCGCUACUACUGCACGCUGCUGCAGCGGCCCGGACACAACGAUGCCUACGCGUCAGGGUAUCGACGCAAGCUACUUCUCAUAUACAACAUCGAAAUACCACAAACAUCUGAAAACGAAACAGAAGACGUUACUCAAGAAGAUGGCAAAGUAAAGAAGAAGCAGAGAGCCAAGUCCAAGCAGAGGAAAUCCACGGAACCCGACAAAAUGGAUAGCGAGUCCUCUGAAAGGACCAGUGAAAGCACUCCAGAAAAGGACAAGAAAGAAGACAGCGAUGGAAAGGAACAACCUCUAGAAGAAGACAUCGAGAGCUUAAUAUCCUCAAAUAAGAUCCUAGUACCCAAUGCCACGAAACCAAAUGAAAACCCACCGAGUGAUGGAUCUGAAGCGGACAUGCAGUGCGAUAUCGACGCCCCGAUUAUCCCUCUCGACAAACAGACGGAACUACAGUACCUCCUGCAGAAGCAGAACAACCCCGCUCAGUUCCUGCCCAAACCCAACCUCACCCAGAAACAGAGGAACAUACUCAAAGUACACAACCUCUCAGGAAUACAGAAACCUGGCAGCCAACACAGAAUCAACGAAAAGAACUCCAAGAGAAUACACAAACUAGGACAAAUACUCUCACAUAAGGAAAGGGUCAGGAGCAGUGAUACUGAUGAAGAGAAAGUUAAAGAAACUGGUAUUCCUAUCCUCAAGAAUAUAUCCUUGAACGAAGAAUGCACUAUAGAGUCGAUACCAAACAAGCGACCAGCCGACAUCACCACACUCAAGAACAAAUGGCAAAUGUCAGAAAGUUUCACACAAGUCAAGAAGAAUCUAAGUGAGCUGUCAAAGAAUAAAGACCAUAAAAAGUCUUCAGACGUUCAGAAAUACUCGAAUCCUGUCAAAAGACUGGAGACAAACCCCUCGAUAUCAGUACGAGAAUUGUUCCCAGGGGAGGAGGAAAUGAACUUACAAUGUAAUAUAGAGUUUAAUAAUGUGAAAGGCGUGACCCCAGAAGGUUGGGAAAAAUGUAAUACUAUGAUACAAUAUGACGUAGAAACUAAGAAGCUAUGGAACGAGCUACAGCGACCGUACGGAAACCAAUCCUCAUUCCUGCGCCAUCUUAUUCUCUUAGAAAAGUACUUCAGGAAUGGGGAUCUCGUGUUAGCUCAAAACGCUACUCCACACGCCUCGACGUAUAGUGACUCCAUACAGAACAGACUGAGAGCUUACGACAAUGUUGCAAGCGAGACGCCGAAGCGGGCCGAGUCGGUCAGCCUCAUAGAGUUCAGAAAGAAACCGGCGGUGAACGGCAAGAGCCUCUUAAAGUCAAAUCAGAACGAGGCUGAGAAAGAGACUAAUAAGUUCAAGCCGCCUCCUGGACCGGUACAGAAAACGAAAUCUUCAAAGAGUGAUAAGGCUAAGUCAAAGCCGUUGCCGCCAGAGUUGAUAGCUAUCAACACUCCCAACGCUCAGGGUAGGAAGGCGAUACAGAACGUGUUGCACAAUAUACAGCAGCUGGUGAAGGGCGUGUCGGCCUCAGACCCCACGGAGAUCGCGGCGGCGCCCCUGCCCGUGGCCGCGUCCACUCCCGUCAGUACCAAGUUCGACCCGCCCGUGCCCGUCGUCACUCCCAAGGAGAAGAAGGAUACUCCUAAUAAGAAGGACGAUGCCCCGAAGAAACCUAAGACGACCAGCAAACCCUGGAGACCUACACUCAUGCCUAUUACUCAGGAGAACCUAGCGAAGAUCGCCCGCGAGCCAACGCAGGUGGCGGUGGACGGGCGCACUCUGCCCAGCCUGGUGCAGGUCAUGUCGUCCGGCAAGCGGUACCACAUCACGCUGCAGGACUACAACAAGAUGUGCAUCAUGCGGCGGGAGAAGCUGCAGCAGCUGCAGGACGGGGACAAGGCCAAGCGGCCCGCCGACGAGGCCGCCGCCAGCGACAUCCAGCCCUCCAACGCGCAGUGUGCCAUGCUGGGCAACGGCGGCAGCGUCGUGCAGAACGUGGCCGCCGACGACAAGGACAAGAAGGAAGUGCCCGAGCUCGGGCCCAUCGGGUCCAACGCGGCCACCAUACUGAAGAAUGUGGGCCUCAAGAACAUCACCAUAGCCCCCAUCCCGGCCAAGACGGCCACGGUGACGUCGCAGACGGUGGCGUCGCCCAUGGUGUCGUCGCCGGCGCUGCUGGUGUCGUCGCCCACGCUGCGGCCGGGGCCGGGGCCGGGCCCAGCGCUGGGCGUGGGGCUGGGCGCGGGGCUGACGGUGCUGAGCGAGGCCCCGCUGCUGCUGCCCAACAUCCCGAGGUCGCUGACGGUGAUCCCGCAGACCGUGUUGGCGCCGCCCGACGCGCGGCCCUAGCGCCGCGUCGCGCAGCCGCCAGGACAUUGCAAUAAGUGAGAGCACCCGAGAAGCCUUAAUAAUUAUACUGUGUAUAUAUUAGUGUAGUGACGGACAUCGUGCUGUGAAAAUGGUGAAAAGAAAUGUGUUAAAUAUAUUACUCUGAAAGGUUUUUAAUUAUUAUUUUUUCUUUGUGCAAAUGAUGCGACGGUUUGUGUUGAUCCUGGGUGUCGAGCUUCUUACCUUGUUGGGUGAUAGAUACCAUCAUCAUCGGCUGCUGUUGCUCACAGACCUGUGUAGUAGAAUGGGCUAGGACUACAGCUGUAGGCAUCCUACGCCAGGAAUAAUAUUGAAGCAACAACACAUUUGCUCAAUAUUAUGUGUACUUGCUAACUGUAACUGCCAAUCAUGUAGGGUUAUACAAGAAUACCUCAACACACUUAGUACUGGUAGAAGUAUAUAGUAUCUUUUGUAGUUUCAUAAUAUAUUGCAUUUUUUAGGAAAUUGACUGCAAGGAGUUAUUAUACUAACAACACACAGUUAGACUGGUGAUUAAAAAAUUCGCUUAGAACUUCCAUUAGCUAAUUCCAUACCACAAGGACUUGGGUCUGUGACAAAUCAAACAGCAAUUACUUCAUAACUCAUUUAUUAUAAGUUCAAGAGGCCUGCUUACAUAUUAGUUACUAUUUAUUGACCCUGACUACAUCAAAAUAUAGUUCCUUUGCUGAGAAACAUUCAAAAUUCUCUAGUCAGGUGGAAAUAUGCAUUUAUAAUUUAUUUAUUGAUUGUUCACGUCGCUGAUCUAAAGUGGGAGUAGGAUAGGUCGCCGCCUGGCCGCAGGUGGCGCCACAUCGCCUCGUAUCAUUCGCAUAAACCUAGACAAUGUAUGUAAACUAAUGUAUAGCGUAACUGUAAGAAUAUCACUCGGAACAUAUUUUUCCAACUGUUAAAUAUAUAUAAGGAUGCAUUAAAACUCAUAUAGAGCUAAAACCCGAUUAAGUAGAAUUAAAACAAUUAUUUUGGAAUAAAUACACAUUUUACAUGUUGAUUUGAUGUUGAUUUACAUACCUAUAUAAUUUAUUUACAGGGACAUUUACAGUUAGUGACCUCGUGAAGUACAAUACGAACAUAAUUUAUUGUUAUCAUAUUUUCGUAGUGAUGUUUUCGUUAGGUAACACUCGAACUUUCUUUCAACUUUAUAAGCUACACACAUAUUUUUGGUAAUCACUAUACAUACACAAAACACCGAGACGAGACUUUGACAAUCUAAUUAUAAAUGUCCCUACUUAUCAGUAAAGUAAUAAAUUAACUAAAAGCAUUAAAAUACAAAAGUUGGUGAUUAAAUUUGUGCCUGACAGAUAUAUAUAAAGUAUGAUAAUCACAUGUACAUAUUUAACACGGGAGCCAAUAAAUGAAGAGUUCUGAAAACUUUUUAUAUGAUAAAAGCUCAGAAUGAGUGGCCCUGCGUUCGUUGCUGCGGUAUUCAAAGUAUAUUUUUUUAACUUUAGAGACAGAUGGAAAACAAAUAGUUUACACAGAUCUGAAUAUAUUCUGACAAGACGUAUAGUGGACACUGUAUGUCGUUAUUAUCGUUAAUUUAUUGUUUCUUGUUAUCAGGCUGUAUAAACCCCAUAUUUAAAGCAGCUACAGCAACAAACGCAGCGGUGUAUGUUAAACAUGAUAAUUAUAUCUAUAUUGUUGAAGAAUUAGCUAUUUUAUUUUUGGUCCAAUGAUAUAGGUCGGUCCAAUGUUAACUGUAACCUCCAUCGUAUAUAACUCAGCGUGCAGCGACAGUUAUGCUCACAGAAGUAACAUACAGUCCCUGAAAAUUAUUAAUCUGUGAUUUCAUAUAGUUUGUAACGCUGUUAGAAAUUCGACGUUUUUAAAUCUCGUUGAGCUGUAGUGAAAUAAUUUGGUAGUCUUCCAAUGUUUGUGUGACGAUUAUCUUGUUUGGUUAUGUGUAGGUUAGGUAACUUGUAUUAACUAUUAUGUAGCUAUUGUCGUUGGUAUUGCUGCCGUGUGCUUUAGGCGUAUACCCCUGCAAGUUAAGUACGUCCUGAGUAGACGAAUAGCGAUGUGAAUUCGAUCAUGUUUGUAUUGUAUAAGUUCAGAGACUGUAUGCGCUUUACUUGUGUCGCCGACGCCAUGACAGUUAUGUGAAUGUUAUUCAGCUAGUAUUUUAGUGAUUUGGAAGUUUCCCCGCUGUUGUUAAGAGAACAAAUUAUAGCCCCCCAUAGCCCAGACGUUUUGUUUCUUCCAAAGAUAGUGUGUUAGUUCACAAUAUUAUUAUUUUUAGUUAUUAUUUUGUUCGGUACGUGCCCUCGCCCCGUGCCGGAGGUAUGAAUUGUCUAAUAAACAUAUCUUAUCUCCUGAA